AUGAGCCACCAGGGUGCACCAAGACUCAAGGGCCUGGCUGUGCAGAGCCUGGUGAGAAAUGAAACCUUGGCCAUAUCUGCUCUGGAGGAGCAGCACGGGUUGGUCUUCCCACCACUGUUCAUAGAGGCCUUCACCGAGAGACGCAGCAGAGUCCUGACGGGGAGGGUGCAGGCCUGGCCCUUCACCUGCCUCCCUCUGGGGUUCCUGAAGAAGACAUUGUGGGCCAAGCAUAGGAAAGAGUCUAUCCACUUGUGCUGUAGGACACUGGACAUUGAAGUAUCCUUUCAGAAUAUCAGAAAAUUCCUACAAUCAGUGGACCUUGACUGUAUCCAGGAGCUGGAGGUGAGUUGCCAUUGGAAGCUGCCUACCUUGGGACAGUUUUCUUUUUAUCUGGCCCGUAUGAGUCACCUUGAGAGACUCCUUGUCUCCUACUUCAGGACACCUGCCUACCUUUCCCCAAUGAUGGGGAAUAAUUACGUGCUUCAGUUUGCCAAUGCAUUUGUUAACAUGGACCGUCUCCAGAAGCUUGAUCUGCACUCUGAUUCCUUCCUUGAAGGCCACCUGGACCAGGUGCUGGAUCAGGUGCCUCAAGACCCCACUGGAGACCCUCUCAUGAAACUGACCCAGACCCUCUCAAUAAGCUGCUGCAGGCUUGUAGAAUCUGAUGUGAGCCAUCUGCCGUGGUGCCUGACCCUCACUCAACUAAAGCACUUGGUCUUGACUAAAGUGAAACUGACCGAUUUCAGCCCUGAGCCCCUUCAAUUUCUGCUGGAGAGAGUCGCUGCCACUCUGCAGACCCUGGACCUGGAUGACUAUGGAAUCUCAGAUGCCCAACUCAGAGUCAUCUUGCCUAGCCUGAGCCACUGCUCCCAGCUCACAACCUUCAGCUUCUGCAGGAACCAGAUCUUCAUGCCAGCCCUGGAGGACCUGAUACACCACACUGCUGGGCUGAGCAAGUUUAACAGGGGGCAGUACCCUGUGCCUCUGGAGAGUUAUCAUGCUUCGGGAACUUUCUACCGGGAAAUACUUGCCCAAUUUGCAGCUAAGUUGAGGCGGACACUGAGGGAUUCGCAGACAAAGAAGAUCUUCUUUGGCCCAGUCCCCUGCACUGAGUGUGGCAACAGAUUCUUGUAUGAUCUAGACAUGGUUCGGCAGUGCUGCUGA